AUGGCCAAUAUAGCCCCUCAGAGCGUCGCAACUCAUCUCUCUGUCAAUGGACUCAUUGGAGUAACCUGGACUGGUGCCGGGCUAGGCAUCAUCUUCGCGUCCAUACGCUUCGGUAUCCGCAUCAAGCGCAUGAAGCGUCUCCUGGUCGACGAUUACUUUGUACUCCUGGCCCUUGUCUUCCUGGUCACCAAUGCGAUCCUCCAGACCUUGCAAGCUCCUCACCUUUAUUACAUGCUGUUGAACGUCACCGGGCCUGACAUCGUCUAUCAUGCUCUCAAGUACACGCAUUAUGAGUUCGUCAUAAUCGGCAUUUUCUGGUCGGUGCUCUGGAGCAUCAAGGGUUCAUUCCUGGCGCUGUUUUGGCUCAUUUCGGAUGGCUUGCCGCAUUAUCGUCGUGUAUGGUGGGGAGUCACGAUUUUCGCAGUAUUGGCGUAUAUUGGAUGCUGGCUGGCGUCGAUUUUGAACUGUCAUCCUCCGUCGGACUAUUUUAGAUUCGGUAUUGUCGUCGUUGAGCUUUGGCUUAUGUACCUCCCCCUCCGCAUCCUGUGGAAGACAAAGAUGAACCUCCACCAGAAACUGGGCCUAGCAACCGUCUUCUGUCUCGGAUUUAUCAUCAUCGCUGCAGCCAUUAUCCGUGCCGUGGCAAUCACAGGCAAAGCGUACUCGGAUCAAGCCGCUCUGGCCAUCUGGGGCAUCGCCGAGUCCUCAAUCUCCAUGAUUGUCGGCUGCCUACCUCCCUUCAAAUCCUUUAUCACGAGCCGUUCCAGCAGCGCCAACUACAACUACAAUUACAACUAUAACUCGUCCGAGCGCGCGGCAAACCACUACAACCGCAGCGGCUCCUCUGCCCGUAUCAAGAAACGCUCCAUCACCACCACCAGCUGGAGCGGGUUGCCCAUUCCACUGCAGGAGAGGAACCUAAAUGCAUACCAGAAUCUAGAGUAUGAAACCCAAGGGAAACACGACGUACAUAUUGCAGGGGGCGUGAAUGUGCGUGCUGUCCCGCCCCCAGAGACCUCCCGCUUGAGUCUCUCAGAGGAUGACUCUGGGCAUGGUGAAAUCAGGAUGGUGAAAGAAUUUCCGCAUGUGGUUGAAGGUGUGCUUGACGGAAGCGUUGCCAAUGACCGUAGGGCUAGCGAAUAA